GCACAGCAACUUGGUUUGCAAGUUCUUUUUUGCUUUAUUUUCCAUUCAUCUUGUAAACAACUUCCGGACCAAGUUGAAGACUUGAAGCAUCAUCAGAACUUUCUGGAACUUUGAAAGAUACUUUUGAGAUCCUACGGUUAAGGGGUUUCCACCUUCCACUUUUCAUUAGGAAAAGAAAGUUGAAGGCACGGUGACUACUUCCUUGAUAAGGUGUGUACAGUGUAUAGAUAUAUAUACAUUCCCCCACCCCAGUGAUAGUGACCAACCAACGAGGACAGAGCCCUUUUUACAUCUUCUACUGCAACAGCUUCACUGUAAUUUCUCAACAAUCAGCAGAGCAUUUUCAUUUUAGGAGGAGGAAUGAAUGCCACUUCUUCUUCACUUGCGAGCCCAAAGGAUAUGAAGCGUGCUAAAGGUUACAGAUUUCAUCCAACUGAGGAAGAACUCAUCAAUCAUUAUUUGCAGAAGAAGAUGCUUGGUUAUGAGAACCAAGUCUCAGCCAUUGCUGAAGUCGAUAUCUGCAAAUACGAACCAUGGGAAUUGCCCAUGAAGUCAAAGCUACCAUCGAAUGAUUAUAUAUGGUAUUUCUUCGGUCGUCCUGAUUACAAGUAUAGAAAUAGUAAGCGGGCAAACAGGAAAACAAAAGAUGGUUACUGGAAAGUGACUGGAAAAAAACGUAGUAUCAAGAAUAGAGCCAACAACAAAACCAUUGGUAUCAAGAAAAAUUUGGUAUUCUAUCGAGGUCGUGUGCCCGAAGGAGUCAAGACUACUUGGAUCAUCCAUGAGUACCAUCCAAAUUCCUCCUCUUCCAAUGGGAGGGAUUUUGUCAUAUGCCGCUUGAAACAAAAAUCACGCGACAAGAUCGACAAUUCAACUAUUGAUAAAGGUGAAUCAAGACAUGAUGCAACUUCAGUCGUCGAAAAUCAUGUGAACGAGAUCACAUUCCCAGAGAUAGACCUGCAAUUUCUGGAAGAAUUCUUAAGCUCCAACGAAGAGGAUUUCAACUCUCCAGAUGCACACCAGCCAGAGAUGUGCAUGGAGCAAGGCCCGCAAAGCCCCUCAGUUGGGAAUUUACAAAAUACCAACAGCUUUACUGAUAACUAUAAUGUGCCUUUACCUCAAUUUGGCACUAGUGAUCUACAAGACAAUAUUACAAAGUGGAUGAAUUCAUCUACUGCUAACCAAGAUGUAUACUCCAUUGAUGGAAGUAUACCUACUCCGCCUAAUGACUCCAGCCCAUCAGAGUCAUUUGGCAGUCUAUUUGUCGACGAUAUCGGAGGCACCGAAGAAAUCGACACAUGGGUAAAUAGCUGUUUUGAAUCAGCUUUUGAAGGCUACUCGUUUAGUAACACCUAAAUUAUGGUCUAGUGUGGUGUGGGAGUGUGGUAUGGCAUUGAUUAUCUUCAGGAGAAGAAUAUAUCAUCAGACCAUUGAAGUCUGAAGUGAUGUAUAUAUAUCUAUCUAUCUAUAUAUGUAUUGAUCUCAUAUUGUCUCAAUGUAGUACCAAAGUUAUUACGGGUCAGUAGUUGAACCUGAAGGUACUGGGUUUAUUUAGUGUCUAAAGAUGUAUCAACUAUUAAGUCUUUAUUGUUGAAUGACUGUACAGGGAAUGUUCCCUGCUCUACCCAACAAGGUCUGUUCAUCAAUGUAAUUGUAUUACUGCAUUUAGUGUUGUUUUUAUGUGUGGAAUGAAAAAAUCUACUUAAUUGCACAA